GCGCGGCGGGGACUGGCGGAGCCUCGCGGAGCCCCGGGCGCGAGCGCGAGAGGACGGGGACGGCGGGGGAGGGGUGGGCGGAGAGGAAGGGAGUGGCUGCGAGCCGGGCUGCGGCAGCUCAGCGCUCCUCACCCGCGGCCGCCUCCCUCCUCGCCGGGGGGAAGAUGCCCUUAACCCGAGGGUGUGAAGAAGGGGGACCGGUCGCCGCCAGAACCGCCCGCGCCGCCGCCGUGCGUGUCCUCUGAAGCCAGAGAAGCGCCCCCCUCACCCGGGCGUCGGGAGCGUCGGCGGGCGAGACGGGGCUGUGCGCCCGGCGGGGCCCAGGCCGCCAGGCGAGCGACCACCGACAUGGAGCGGGCUCGGGCGGCCGAGUAGCCGGGGGGGCCGGUGCCGCCCGCAGCCCGCACGGCUCGUCAGGCCCCGGGGAGACGCGGGGAGAGAAAUGAAGAGUUUCCCUCGGAAUCCUUUGCAAAUAGGACUGACUGGAUAAGCCUUAAAGAGCAGCACCGCGGGAGGAGAAAGGAAAAGCCGACUCCGGGCUCGACUUGGCGUGCUCCGAGCCGAGGGGCGGCUUCAGGGACCUCGCCCCCUCCCUGGCCCUCGGGAGAAAUCGCCGCUGAUGCAUUAUCCAAGUGGUGGUUGGGAGGAUUUGCAGCAGAAUUUUUGGUUUUCCCUCCCCCCCCUUACGUACAUUCUGUUUUUUUCCUUCCUUCUCCCCCCCCCCCCCCCAUGUUCUUUCUUCCUGGGAAGUGAAUUGCUGAUGCAAAUCGGACUUAAUUCAUUAAUGAUGCAACUGGAUUCAUUUCAGGAUUAUGUUGCACGGGUUGAAUUUUGAAUGAAGGAGGUUUUUUUCUGUUUUUUUUUUUUUUAAGGACUCUUUAGUUCGCUGUACUUUUAAUUAUUUUAUUUAAGCAUACCACUUAAUUGUAUUAUUCUCUUGAAAAUGUGUUAAGUAUAUAUUUUAUGAAACUUUCCCGCAACAUAGAUGUAUAUGUGCGAAAUUCAAGACGCUUCAGUUAAGUGAGGUUCCUAGUGUGUUGGGUGUUUAAUUCAACACCGACAUUGCGUGACAGUUUAAAUAACAAGUGGUUUAUUUUGAAAACCACACCUUGAUCAAACUUAGGUCUAAGUAAUUAGAUUGAAAAAUCGUAAUCAUAAUUUAAAGGAAGGCCGGCAGCAAUUGGAGCAACCAUGUCUGGAGAAGUGCGUUUGAGACAGUUGGAACAGUUUAUUCUGGAUGGGCCCGCUCAGACCAAUGGGCAGUGUUUCAGCGUGGAAACGUUACUGGAUAUACUCAUCUGCCUUUAUGAUGAAUGCAAUAAUUCUCCAUUGAGAAGAGAGAAGAACAUUCUUGAAUACCUAGAAUGGGCUAAACCAUUUACUUCUAAAGUGAAACAGAUGCGAUUACAUAGAGAAGACUUUGAAAUACUAAAGGUGAUUGGUCGAGGAGCUUUUGGAGAGGUUGCUGUAGUGAAACUAAAAAAUGCAGAGAAGGUAUUUGCCAUGAAAAUAUUGAAUAAAUGGGAAAUGCUGAAAAGAGCUGAGACAGCAUGUUUUCGUGAAGAAAGGGAUGUUUUAGUGAAUGGAGACAAUAAAUGGAUUACAACAUUGCACUAUGCUUUCCAGGAUGACAAUAAUUUAUACUUGGUUAUGGAUUAUUAUGUUGGUGGAGAUUUGCUUACACUGCUCAGCAAAUUUGAAGAUAGAUUGCCUGAAGAUAUGGCUCGAUUUUACUUGGCUGAGAUGGUGAUAGCAAUUGAUUCUGUUCAUCAACUGCAUUAUGUACAUAGAGACAUCAAACCUGACAAUAUAUUGAUGGAUAUGAAUGGACAUAUUCGGUUAGCAGAUUUUGGUUCUUGUCUCAAGCUGAUGGAAGAUGGAACGGUUCAGUCCUCAGUGGCUGUUGGAACUCCAGAUUAUAUCUCUCCUGAAAUCCUGCAAGCUAUGGAAGAUGGAAAGGGCAGAUAUGGGCCUGAGUGUGACUGGUGGUCUUUGGGAGUCUGUAUGUAUGAAAUGCUUUAUGGAGAAACACCAUUUUAUGCAGAAUCUCUGGUGGAGACAUAUGGAAAAAUCAUGAAUCACAAAGAAAGGUUUCAGUUUCCACCCCAAGUGACUGAUGUGUCUGAAAAUGCUAAGGAUCUUAUUCGAAGACUCAUUUGUAGCAGAGAACAUCGACUUGGUCAAAAUGGAAUAGAAGACUUCAAAAAACACCCAUUUUUUAGUGGAAUUGAUUGGGAUAAUAUUAGAAAUUGUGAAGCUCCCUAUAUUCCAGAAGUUAGUAGUCCAACAGAUACAUCCAAUUUUGAUGUGGAUGAUGACUGUUUAAAGAAUUCUGAAACGAUGCCCCCACCAACACAUACUGCAUUUUCUGGCCACCACCUGCCAUUUGUUGGUUUUACAUAUACUAGUAGUUGUGUUCUUUCUGAUCGGAGCUGUUUAAGAGUUACAGCUGGUCCCGCAUCACUAGAUCUUGAUGUUAAUCUUCAGAGAACUUUAGACAACAAUUUAGCUACUGAAGCUUAUGAAAGAAGAAUUAAACGACUUGAACAGGAAAAACUUGAACUAAGUAGAAAGCUUCAAGAGUCAACACAGACAGUUCAAGCACUACAACAUUCAACUGGUGAUGGUCCAUUAACAGCAAGCAAAGAUCUAGAAAUAAGAAACCUAAAAGAAGAAAUUGAAAAACUAAGAAAACAAGUAAGAGAAUCAAGUCACUUGGAACAGCAACUUGAAGAAGCUAAUUCUGUGAGGCAAGAACUAGAUGAUGCGUUUAGACAAAUCAAAGCUUAUGAAAAACAAAUCAAAACAUUACAGCAAGAAAAAGAAGACCUAAAUAAGGAACUAGUCCAGGCUAGUGAGCGAUUAAAAAACCAGUCCAAAGAGCUGAAAGACGCACACUGUCAGAGGAAACUGGCCAUGCAGGAAUUCAUGGAGAUCAAUGAGCGACUAACAGAAUUGCACACCCAAAAACAGAAACUUGCUCGCCAUGUCCGAGAUAAGGAAGAAGAGGUGGACCUGGUGAUGCAAAAAGUUGAAAGCUUAAGGCAAGAACUGCGCAGAACAGAAAGAGCCAAAAAAGAGCUGGAAGUUCAUACAGAAGCUGUAGCUGCUGAAGCAUCUAAAGACAGGAAACUGCGUGAACAGAGUGAGCACUAUUCUAAGCAACUAGAAAAUGAAUUGGAGGGACUGAAGCAAAAACAAAUUAGUUACUCACCAGGAGUAUGCAGUAUUGAACAUCAGCAAGAGAUAACCAAACUAAAAACUGAUUUGGAAAAGAAAAGUAUCUUUUAUGAAGAAGAAUUAUCUAAAAGGGAAGGAAUACAUGCAAAUGAAAUUAAAAAUCUGAAAAAAGAGCUGCAUGAUUCAGAAGGUCAGCAACUUGCUCUCAACAAAGAAAUUUUGAUUUUGAAAGACAAAUUGGAAAAAAACAGGAGAGAGAGUCAAAAUGAGAGGGAAGAAUUUGAAAAUGAGUUCAAACAACAAUAUGAACGAGAAAAAGUGUUAUUAACUGAAGAAAAUAAAAAACUGACAAAUGACCUUGAUAAGCUUACCACUUUGUAUGAGAACUUAAGUAUUCACAACCAACAAUUAGAAGAAGAGAUUAAAGAUCUUGCAGAUAAGAAAGAAUCAGUUGCACAUUGGGAAGCUCAAAUCACAGAAAUAAUUCAGUGGGUCAGUGAUGAAAAAGAUGCACGAGGAUAUCUUCAGGCUUUGGCUUCUAAAAUGACUGAAGAAUUAGAAGCAUUAAGAAAUUCCAGCCUGGGCACUCGAGCAACAGAUAUGCCAUGGAAAAUGCGUCGCUUUGCAAAACUAGAUAUGUCAGCAAGACUAGAGUUGCAGUCAGCUUUGGAUGCAGAAAUAAGAGCUAAACAGGCCAUCCAAGAAGAGCUGAAUAAAGUUAAAGCUUCUAAUAUUCUAACAGAAUGUAAACUAAAAGAAUCAGAGAAGAAGAAUUUGGAACUACUUUCAGAAAUAGAACAACUGAUAAAGGACACUGAAGAACUUAGAUCUGAAAAGGGUAUAGAGCACCAAGACUCACAGCAUUCUUUCUUGGCAUUUUUGAAUACGCCUACCGAUGCUCUGGAUCAAUUUGAAGAUUCCUUUUCUUCUUCCUCAUCUUCACUGAUUGAUUUUUUGGAUGACCGCUCUCCGUCCUGUACUCCAGCUAGCAAAGGCAGACGUACUGAUCCCGUUGAGAACACACAUGUACGGAAUCCGAGCGUCAAGUUUUACAUCCAGUCAAGGUCCACCUCUCCUUCCACAUCUAGUGAAGCUGAGCCAGUGAAGAAUGCAGAUGGUACUCCUCUUCCAGUUCACACACCAACCUUAAAGAAAAAAGGAUGCUCUGGUUCAACUGGCUUGCCACCUAAGCGCAAGACUCACCAGUUUUUUGUCAAAUCUUUUACUACUCCUACAAAAUGUCAUCAGUGUACUUCUCUGAUGGUGGGUUUGAUAAGGCAGGGAUGUGCCUGUGAAGUGUGUGGAUUCUCAUGUCAUAUAACCUGUGUAAACAAAGCUCCUACAACUUGUCCAGUCCCUCCUGAGCAGACAAAAGGUCCUCUGGGUAUAGAUCCACAGAAAGGGAUAGGAACAGCAUAUGAAGGUCAUGUCAGGAUCCCUAAACCAGCUGGAGUGAAGAAAGGAUGGCAAAGAGCUUUGGCUGUAGUCUGUGAUUUCAAACUCUUUCUGUAUGAAAUUGCUGAAGGAAAGACCUCUCAGCCCAGUGUUAUAGUCAGCCAAGUGAUCGACAUGAGAGAUGAAGAAUUUUCUGUGAAUUCAGUUUUGGCUUCUGAUGUUAUUCACGCAGGUCGAAAAGAUAUCCCAUGUAUAUUUAGAGUCACAGCUUCCCAGCUCUCAGCAUCCAAUAACAAAUGUUCAAUCCUGAUGCUGGCAGAUAGUGAGAAUGAGAAAAAUAAGUGGGUGGGAGUGCUGAGUGAAUUGCACAAGAUCUUGAAGAAAAACAAAUUCAGAGAUCGUACGGUCUAUGUUCCCAAAGAAGCUUAUGACAGCACUCUACCCCUCAUUAAAACAACCCAGGCAGCUGCAAUCAUCGAUCAUGAAAGGAUAGCUUUGGGAAAUGAAGAAGGGUUAUUUGUUGUGCAUGUCACCAAAGAUGAAAUUAUUAGAGUUGGUGACAAUAAGAAGAUUCAUCAGAUUGAACUCAUUCCAAGUGAUCAGCUUUUUGCUGUGAUCUCAGGACGAAAUCGUCACGUACGACUUUUUCCUAUGUCAGCUUUGGAUGGGAGAGAGACUGAUUUUUACAAGCUGGCAGAAACUAAAGGGUGUCAAACUAUAACUUCUGGAAAACUGCAUCAUGGAGCACUCACUUGCCUAUGUGUGGCCAUGAAAAGACAGGUCCUCUGUUAUGAACUACUCCAGAGCAAGACCCGUCACAGAAAAUUUAAGGAAAUUCAAGUCCCAUAUAAUGUCCAAUGGAUGGCAAUCUUCAGUGAACAACUCUGUGUGGGAUUCCAGUCAGGAUUUCUAAGGUACCCCUUGAAUGGAGAAGGAAGUCCAUAUAGUAUGCUCCAUUCAAAUGACCACACACUGUCAUUUAUUGCACAUCAGCCAAUGGAUGCCAUCUGCGCAGUUGAGAUCUCCAGUAAAGAAUACCUGCUGUGUUUUAACAGCAUUGGGAUCUACACCGACUGCCAGGGCCGGAGAUCCAGACAACAGGAACUGAUGUGGCCAGCAAAUCCUUCUUCUUGUUGUUACAAUGCACCCUAUCUCUCAGUGUAUAGUGAAAAUGCAGUUGAUGUCUUUGAUGUGAACUCCAUGGAAUGGAUUCAGACUCUCCCUCUCAAAAAGGUUCGGCCCUUAAACAGUGAAGGAUCAUUAAAUCUUUUGGGAUUGGAGACAAUUAGAUUAAUAUACUUCAAAAAUAAGAUGGCAGAAGGAGAUGAACUGGUAGUUCCUGAAACUUCAGAUAACAGUCGGAAACAAAUGGUUAGAAAUAUUAACAAUAAGCGGCGUUAUUCCUUCAGAGUUCCAGAAGAGGAAAGAAUGCAACAGAGGAGAGAGAUGCUGCGAGAUCCAGAAAUGAGAAAUAAAUUAAUUUCUAACCCAACUAAUUUUAACCAUAUAGCACACAUGGGUCCAGGAGAUGGAAUACAGAUCCUAAAAGACCUGCCCAUGCCAGGUUUCCCUUAUCCAUCCCCUCAUCAUCACUCCGGUCUGAUCUCCUCUCCGAUCAACUUUGAACACAUCUAUCACAUGACUGUUAAUUCCGCUGAAAAAUUUCUCUCUCCUGAUUCCAUAAACCCCGAAUGUUCCCCGUCUCUACGCUCUGUCCCCGGUACACCAAGCUUUAUGACUCUGAGGAAUCCUCGGCCUCAGGAAAGCAGAGCCGUGUUCAGCGGCUCGGUCAGUAUUCCAUCUAUCACCAAAUCCCGCCCUGAACCCGGCCGCUCCAUGAGCGCCAGCAGUGGCCUGUCAGCAAGGUCUUCAGCACAGAACGGCAGCGCAUUGAAGAGGGAGUUCUCGGGCGGAAGUUACAAUGCCAAGCGGCAGCCCCUGCCCUCCCCCUCAGAGGGCUCCUUGUCUUCUGGGGGCAUGGAUCAAGGGAGCGAUGCCCCUGCGCGGGACUACGAUGGGGAGGAUUCUGAUUCUCCAAGGCAUUCCACCGCUUCCAACAGUUCCAACUUGAGCAGCCCGCCCAGCCCUGUGUCACCCCGGAAGACCAAGAGCCUCUCUCUGGAGAGCGCUGAACGCAGUAGCUGGGACCCCUGACUGCCUCAGCACUCACAGGAUGCCAGAGUGGCUUCCUCGCCCUCGCUCCCUCCUCCCCUGCUUCAUCUUUCCCGCAGCAGCCCCAGUAGCUGGGUGGGGAUUCAGGACUUCUGAACACAGACCCUGGACUCAAUAGCAGCCACUAUUCAUAGACAGACUUUCAUUAAAAGCACCUUAGAUUAAUACUGAUUUCAUUUUGCACACCUAGAGUUGCUUUCUGUACCCUUUCACCCUUCACUCACAAGUAGACAGAUUCCCCCAAAUGUAAGUGAUAAGGAUAAGGUUAGACACUUUGUUUUCACAGUAGAGUCACAUUAUAGUCCCCUCAUAGCACCGCUCCCCUGUCCGCCUUGGAAAGGCGCGCUAAGCCCUCACUCAGCACCCACAGUGAAUGUCGACCCAAUCGUUGCCAGUAAGUCCUUAUUAAUUAAAACUGCAUAUUUUACUACAAUACAGAGUUUACGUAAAUACACAAAUGUAGAGGUAAAAUACUGAAUGUAUAUAGUAAAAAGAAGCAUCUUGUAUUCAACAAAAAAAUGGAUGCAUAUAUGAGAGAGAUCAUUUAAUUUAAGAAAUGUGUUGUUUCUUGUUUGUUCUCCAGCUAAGUAAUUAAGAGUAGAAAGCCCUCCCACUGAUGGUUUUGGAGGGAGAGCAGGAGAAAUCAGAGUUCCCUUUAGUGCUGCGUCCUCACAUGGGCUCCAGGUCUCAGUGGACGGACCUUUAGGAAACGCACAGGGGCAGGAGCAGAGCACCAGACUUUGCACGUUUGAAGCCUCUUUGGCAUCACUAGAAGGCAAACUCCUGUCCCAGACGUUUCUUUUUCUAGUAGUAGAAUAUGGACCACUCUUUCCUUUUUUUUUUUUUUUUUUAGUACUUUGGUAUCACACUCUCUUCCUUCCAUCUGUGAGAACAUAGGAAGGACACAGUUUCCGAAGGGCAAUGGACAGGCUCUGGAAAAAAAAAAAAAUUCUGCGCCGAUCCUGCCCCUCCCUGAAUUUUAGCCAGGUGUUCAGAAAAGAGCCUGCUUUGAGGGUGGGUACAAGCUUCCUCAGAUAAUCCUGGACAAGGACUUUAGUACCAAAUAGCAUAAGCCCAUGAAUGCAAGAAGUGAGAGCCCCGCACCUGCCCGCCAGGGGCAGCCCGGCCUGGCAGUUCCACCUGCUUCCUCUGUUGUGUUAGUUGCAGUACCAUUUGUGUUCCCACAAGUUUUAGUCAACACCAGGCCUGAGGUACACAAUGGGAAGAACCUUAUUUCUCCGAAGUCACUUCACCAGUUAAGCGCAUGAGUUGAGAGAGGAGGUAGGAAUAAAACAUUAAAUGGAAGUAAAGAGAACCUUCCUCUCUAACUUUUACCUAAGUUUCUCUGAGAAGUAGAAAGCAUCUUCUUUCUCUCUGAGCACUGUCUCUUUCUGAUCUGCUGCCGCACUCUGCUCUUGGAUGUGGAGGGGCCUGCCUGUUGGGGAGCUGGCACCCCCAUCCUGUCUCUCUGGAGAAGGGCUACAGGUUGGGCAAGGUCAGAAGGCAGGACAGGUGUGAAAUAACCCACAGAUCUUACCAUGCCUGUUUCCACACUUGGACUCUGACUGCUUAGACCUGACCAUGGUUUCUUUUAGAUGGGCUUGAAGUACUGCAUAGUUUUCAAGUAAAUCUUUUUGCUUUGGGAAGUUUCAUGUAAAACUUCACUUGUGCAUCCAGAGACCUUGAAUCAGUCUUGACUCCAGUUACUACCCUGGCAGCUCCUGAGCUUUCAGGAGAGGUGGAAGCAAGGAGAGGGAAAUGGCUUUCUGGAAGCAGAUGCUGAGCCCCUGUGGCUACCACCCCUCUUCCCAAGACUCCUCUCUCCUCCUCUCGGAUGCCUCCACCCUUUCCUCCUUCCCUAUUCAUCCUGGGCCAGAGGCAAAUUCACAGGACUCUACAGCCAGCCAUUAGCUUAUAGCUUUCACAAUCAAGUGUGAGUUUCUGUUGCUGUGGGUGCUUGCUUGUUCAAGGUUGAAGCAGGGAUAACUGCAUCCAGGCUCUGCUACCCUAGAAGCAAGCAAGAACACUAGGGCUCCUACUGGUCCCUGUUCCUGCUGCCCCACAGGCAGAUGGCUUUUCCACCUGCCUCUGCCAGUCACAGGAUGAGUUGUCACAAAAAGCAGCCCCAAACAGGGUUUGGUUGGCAAGGUGGACAGGGAUGUGGAGGGGGGCGGGGGGAAGAGGGGCACUGCCAGCAUAAUAGUUUGGGAGGCAAUUUUCCUAAGAUAAUUAUUGCCUCUGGGCUCCCCACUAUUAAGUAUGAGCCUGUUACCUUCAAAAGCUCUGGGAAAAUGGCAGGAUGAAGACUGGACUUUGGAGUAACCGCACAGAGACCCAAGGGAGGAGUAACAACUUACUGAAAUCGGUGGUUUGUGCUCUCUGGGGUCCGCCUUUGCUUUCAUGCGGGACAUGUUGGGCCAUGGAGGUAGGAACUUAUUUCUCAGCAGAAAGAAAACAUCAGUGAAGAUACAUUUCGGGCAUAGCCUGUAUGUGUUGGUAUUUGGUGCUAUCUAUGUCCAGCCAAUUUGUUGUCUACUCUUGAAUUACAGAUUACUCUUUAUGUGCUUUGGGUAUAUAAAGUUACAUAUAUGUACACACACACACAAAUACACAAAUGCGUAUGCAUUUGUAUUUCUUUUUGCCAAAAACAAAAGCCUUCCUCCUUGUCAAAUGAUUACUCAAGCCCAUUUCACUUCUUUAGCCAAGUGUGUAGGUGCGUGCACGUGUACAUAUACACGUCACUGCAGUUAGUGAUUUAUGCUUUUUACCGGGGAGUAGGUUUUGAAAUCAAUUUAAAAGGGCCCUUCUAGUUGGUUUCCCAAGCAGUUGUCUGCUCAGCCUUCAGGAAAGUAUUUGAGGCUCCUGUUCUCCUUGUAACACCAACCUGACAUUUCCGCUGCUCUCAGCCUCUGCCUUCCCGAGUUUAAAAUCUGUCAUCAGUGACUGGGGCCACAGCUACUGCUGUGAAAGGCCAGUUGCAUUUCUAUAAGCUCAGAUUUUAUUAAAGAGAAGCUAGGGCAGGGGUGGCCAAAUGCCCCUCACCCCUCAGGACCAGUUCCUGGCCUUUGGCAAUUCUCCCUGUUUGUAGGGGCCGUGGGAAGCUCACCUCCAAUUCCUGGAUAUGGGUGCUCUGUGCAGCCAGGCUUGCAUGCUGCAGAAGGCAGUCCGGUGCCUCACUCACUGCUCUUCAUGGCCUGGCCUAGAAUUCCAUACAUGGCUGACCCUUCAGAGCCCACCUCGGAGCCUUUUACCUUGCCCUGACUUGACUCCUUACUCAAGUUUCUUGCAGCUCUGCUAGAUAAGAGGGCCUUGCUUCAGCUGGAGCUGUCUCCACUCCCAUCCCUGGUCACAGGCCAGGCUCUUCUCUUCCUUCCCUGGGGAUAGCCAUCAGACACACGCUUGCACACACACACAACACAUGCAUUUCAUUCAGGGGGAAAUUGACUUAAAGCAACCUUGAACUUUAAUUUAAAAAAAAAUACUAAGUGACCUGCCUUUUUAUUUGGUAGUGUAUGUAAUAUCAUUUUGCAAUUACAUUUUUUUAGGGUUUUUUCUCAUUGUAAUAUUAUUGUACAGUUUUGCAUGGCCUAGGUGUAAUCUUUUUUUCCUGUUUAGAAUAUAAUUCUCACAAAUACAUGUGUAUGGAAGGGGAAAAGAUAGUGCUUUGGCCUUUUAUCACUCUUUAUUUCACUUUGGUUUAUGCCCUCAAUGUCUUGGGGACCUUCAUUAGGAGAUCCUCUGCUACCAAACAACAGUGGGGAUUCUUUUGCACAGAAUUUAUUUAAGGUGGGAUCAUCAGAAAUAUAAAAGAAGAUUCUUCACUGGUAUUUUAUGUUGGUAUCACUUAAUAUUAACCAGACUUUGAUGUAUUGCAAUAAAACAGGGAACUGUUAAAAUUGA